GCUAAAUCUAGACUCACUUAUCCCUAGAUCUAGAUUUCUAGAAUCUUUUUUAUAGACUAGAUCUAUUUCUCAGAUUAUAGACCCUAUUUCUUUAGACCUAACUUAAUAAAUAAUAUUCAUAAUCAAGAAGCUCGAAAGACCAUCAUCAUCAUGCCAUCCCAAAGACAGAGCCAAAGUUCCACAAGUUUGAAUCAAACUAAGGAUAGACCAAGAUCACUUGAUUCUGCUGAGUUUGAAAAAAAGGUGAAUGAGUUGAUUCAAUACAUGUUAGUCAUGGAUCAGAAAAAGACUCCUAUUAAAAAAAAAGAUAUCAACAGAGUGGUUUUGAAAGAGCAUAAGAGACUAUUCCCUUCUAUCAUGGAAGAGGCUUCUACUAGAUUAUCAAAGGUUUUUGGAUUCAAAGUGAUAGAACUGCAAGAUAAGCACAAAGGAUCAUUUAUUCUAGUUAAUGAACUAGAUUUCAAUGAAGAAGAAAAGUUUGUAGAAUGGUCUGAGGAAGAUAGUGCAAAAAUGGGUCUUGUGUCUGUCAUACUUGGAAUGAUUUUUAUGAAUGGUUCUGUUAUUUCUGAAGAGGAAUUGUGGCAUUCACUUAAAAAAUUGGGCUUGAAUCCUGAAGAAAAAAAUGGAACCUUUGGGAAUGUAAAAACAUUAAUUAUGGAAGAUUUUGUAAAACAAGCAUACCUUGAAGUAGUAAUCAAGAAUAACCAAGAUCAACCUUAUAAAGAAUUUAUUUGGGGCCAGAGAGCUCAUCAUGAGCUCAGCAAACGUAGCGCCCUGGAGUUGGUGUGUGCGAUUAAUGGCACCAAGCCAGAAGAUUGGCCUCACCACCGCCAACAAAGUGAAGAGGUUUGAAUAAUCUGUGCACAAGAAUUUUAAAUGACUAGAGCAAAUGUGUUUAUUUUCAAUGUUACUACCAGAAAAUUAAGCUACAUUAUUAGUGUAAUUCACCUAUCAAAAGUCAAUAGGCUUUUGUUUUUCAAUUAUGCAAAAAUUUUAGUACUGUACUCAGGUAUAAAAUACUGAUAAUAAAAUUAGAAUAUAGCAGCCAAAUGGACUUCAUGUUGCAUAGACUUUCAACUAGAGAAACACUUCAGUUUGAUAAUUUGAAUUUAAUAUCUAUAUAUUGAAAUAUCUGAAUUAUACAUUUGUCUGAAGCACCCAGAUCAGCAUGACCUCUAUACUUAUUGUAAUGAAUGUACAGUUAUAACUUACAAAGUGUAAUAAAUUAAAUGGUUUAAUUCUAUAUACCAUAAAUGGAAAUAUUGAAUAGGUUCUCUUGUGGGACACUCAUGUGAUUGGCUAAAAAAUUUGCCU